AAAUGGCGAGGCUUGACCCGUAACCUGACCUGACCUGAUAUGGAUGAGGUCUGUUGAGAGUCCAUAAAGGCUUACACCCCUACCGGCUUCUUGGACCAUUCCUCCAAGAGUGAGACACAAUCCUCGUUCGCACUCGUCCACCCCGACUCUAGCCAUCUGACAGCAUGCUCCAAGACCGACUCAACGAUGCUGCGAUUGCCCUCCAUCGAAUCCUGAGCCGGACCAGUAUCCACUUUGGCAUUUUCGGAGGCUACGCCAUCGGCGUGCUAGGGGGGUUGCGUGAGAGCAAGGACAUUGACUGUAUUGCGUCGAUCUCGAAGCAACAGAUCCUAGCAAUCUUGGACGGACACGACGGGUUCAUCGCAAUUCCUCAAGGUCGACAGGACUAUGUGGCGUUCCUGUGGUCAGAUAGACCCGAUCGCAGCCACGCCGUUCUCGUGGAAAUCUUUUGCGAGCAGUUCACAGGUGCCCAGUACACAAUGGAAGGUGUCCAGGCCUCGCUACGCACGGUGAACGGCCAGCGACUGGGCACGGGACAAGCAAGCUUCCUCGACCCGUUCUACUUGUUCAAGGGGAAACUCCGUGCCGCCGCGACGCGGUCCAAGUUCCACGACUCGGCGGACCUGCGAUGGCUGGCCGACCGAUUCGGCAACCUCAUCCAGGCCCGGCAAGGGGGGCUGAACGUCCAAUAUAUCGGCCUUGCCCUGAAGCGGUAUCCCGAACUCGAGCUUCUGUUCGGACGGAUCGGGGUGGAUCUGGCGAGAGCCAAGGACGCGGCGCGCGAUCUAGAUCCCGCCAGACUGCCUGCGCCUGCGCCUGGAGAUGUGCAGCGGGGUCUGCUGGGCUGAAAAGAUCCCCAGGUA